UUAAGCGUAGGCAUAUCCGGCGUCAACCUAGAGGAACAACCAAGGUUUCCUCUGGGGUAAUAUUGAGUUAUCGUAUAUUCUUUAUGUUUUUCCUCCGAUGUUAGUACGUAGACAGUCUUAGUGAUGUAGUUCUGCUUUGAGGAAACAAUAUUUGCACCAGGGCGUUCACAUGCAGCGAACUGUUUAUCUCUGAGUGUCAUGAAUGUAAAUCUUUAAACGUACCCCCAUCGUCCUUCAGUUUCCGGGGAAGACAAUGGAGUUGUCUAGAAGAGAGAUGAAGAGAUACAUACCCAGAGAUAGAAUUUUCAUGUAAAGCUUUAUCAAGCACCUUGUCUUCCUCUUAAACCACCAAGGCCAUGUUGUCCAUUAAGAAAUUACCCAGUACACGACUGUCCCAGUGGUUUCACUGUAUGUAUCCAUGUUUGGCAAAGAAGCUGUGCUGAGCAGUUUCCAUGAAGUUUCCUGAGCAUAAACUGUUCAUGGAAACUGUGCGGCUGCCGUCGCCAGUUCAAAAGUGGUUUGGUCACCAGUUGGAGCUUCGUGGCAUCGACUCCAUCAUUUAUUCCAGACACAUAAUUCACCUUCUUCAGCAGGAUGAUGAUGAGUUUCAAGACUAUGUUGACCUUGACCUCCUUUUCGACCCCAAAGCUGACAAAAAGCAUCAAUGUAAGCCUGCCAGAUAUGACAAGAAAAAGUUGAAGAAUUCUGAGGAGAGAAAAAAGUCGGCAGCAAUUGAAUGUCUGCAAGCUGUUUCAGAUGAGGACAAUGGUAUAGAGAAUCUAGUAGAGGAAUUAUGUCACAAAUUGAAGGCUCUGGAACAACAUGAUGGGGGUGAUGGUACAAACAGCCAAGAACAGACCACUAGUUCAUCAGAGAGCGAUUCCAGCAGCUCAGAACUUGAAGACCCAGCUGAACGAUAUUAUGCAGCCUUCCCUGCCUUACAUGGAAAAGAUCAGCACACCACACCUGAUGACUCCCAAAGUGUAUGGAAGAACAACCCAAUUACCAAGCCAAAACCCAGCCAAACAGAUGAAGGACUAAAUCAGAAAGACCAAGCUCCAGAAAACCAACACAGAGAGCAGAUACCAUCCCAAACCCAGUCCAAGAAAAAGAAAAAACAAACUGUCAGGAAAAUACACAUGAGAAAAACACCAUCCAGAAAAGAAGAUACCAAUCAUGGAGUCUGUCGCUUCCUUAGCUUGCCAAAUGGAAGUCUUAAUAUUGAAAAGCCUAACACACAGGCCCAUUCUUUACAGGACAAGGAGCUAUGCUCUCAAGUGGAGUGUAUGCUGAAGGAAAUUUUAUUACAGAAGGAAGAACAGGCUUUGAAACAAAAGAUGCCUUGUCCGGAAGAGAAGAUAAGAAAGCCAACCAAUGCAGAAGGAGCAGAGAUUGCUGCAGGAAUUAGUAGUCCAAGAGACACAGAUGGGUCGGUAAGUCCAGAACUGCAAGAGGAUGACUCUUGGUACACUCAACCAAUAGACAUCUUGUUCACAACUGAGGAACCCCGUCAGCGUCUUUACAAGCGAAACAACAGUAGCUCUGCCUCACCUCUCCAACAGAAGUCGGGCAGUGAUAGUCCAGUUAGUCCAGAUGGGGGUCUCAUGCAGCAGUCUUUUGUGGAUGAUACUUUCUUUUUUCCAUACUCCACUUCAAACUCCAGUGAAACUGGAUUUUCCAACACAUUUCCUGCUCAUUUGUCUCACUCUAUGUUUAACCAAUCUGAGCCUGAAGCAAUACCAAACCCAGACACUGUUUUGAAUCCAGAGGAGUGCGGGUUUCCUAUCUUCUCUCCUUAUGAUAAUCUUCCUCAAACAACACCUACAAGUGAGAAAGGGGAAAGCUUGAUUGAUAGGUGCUUGACAGACAGUUGCAUUGAAAAUAUGCCAAACAGUGUAAGCUUAACAACUAUCAGUGACCUGGAGGAUUUACAGAAAGGCAUGGAAGAUUUGGAUCUAGAUGAGAGCUUGGCAUCAUCAGAAAAUUUAUUGGACCAUCAACAAUUUGAUCAAAUUAUGAAUACGGCAAACCAUCAAGAAGUAAACUGCUGGAAUAACAACUUGCAAAAUUUUGACAGUUUCCUCCCUUCAAAUGUAGCAUCAACUUGGCCAUCAAAAGUUCUGGUGGAUGACUUGAUGCCAGAUGUUCACUGGGAUGAAAGGAAUGAAGAUUACACUGCAGAUUUUUACAAUCAUUUGAAGUAUGGGAAGAUCUGGCAAGUUUGGGAUGUGAAUUAUCAAAAGAUCACAGGUACCUACUCUGGUCCUUUGAAGAAUCCACUACAUACUUGUUGGAGUGACUGUGGAUUGUUUGGUAUGUCCUCUUGCUGGGAUCCAUGCCAGCCUGGGGAACAGUCUGAUGUUUGGGGAAGCUAUGGUUUAUAUCCAAAUUCUAGUACCUGGGGAGAUUAUUGGAAACUGAAAGAUUCCUAUGGAAAAGAUUUUAUAAAAGAGGACUUAAGUUUGGUGGAGACAUCAGAAGAUGUGAAUCUGCUUGAAGACCCUUGUAAUCCACUAGUUAUGGUUGAUGUGGAUCAAGAUUCUGUGGUGUGCCAGCUAGAAAACCAGAAUAGUGAAUUGAUCCCCCAAAUUCAGUUUGAUCUUGUCUCUGAGGUUGGAAGUGAGUACGACAAUGUUCUCUCAGAUGGAGAAAAUGAUCAACUCAGUAACAGCGAAGAUGAUCAAUGUUUCUCUAGAAAUCUCUCUUAUGGGGAUUUCCAGACAAUGUGGUCCAUGGCUGAGCAUUCAACACCAAAGAAAUUUCAUCUGUCGCGAAGCUUUGAACUGGUGCCCUCGGAGGGAUCGGCAUUUGUUGAUGUUGUUCCAAAGAAGAUUCACCAUGUGCUUAGCGAGCCCAUCCUAGUAAGCCAAGAAAUGGAGUCAUUGACCACAAGUUCAUCUUGCAAAAAACGAAGUUGUAAGUCAGACUCCAGUUCACCUGAAGAACAUCUUUACUUCUCUCAGAAGACCCACUUUCAACCAAUUCAGUCCCCAGUUGUACAGAAUACUGGAUCUACUUACAACUUGAGAGACCUGUUUGGUGGUUAUGCUCCUUCGAAAACACCAUACCAGAAAUUCCAGACAACUACAGAUGAUGAAGGGGAUGAGGAUGAAGAAACUUUUGUUCCCAUGUUCAAGAUUCGAAAGGAUCAGGAUAAAUACAUACAGACAAGCUCAAGUCUGGAUAGUGAUGAUGAAAAAGAGCUAAAAGAGGGAAGUGAAAGAAACAAUGGUCUGUUUGGAAAUGAUGGAGAGGUCUUUGAUUUAUUUGGAUAUGUUGAAAAUUUGACUGAAUCCGCAGAAUCAACCCCGAGAAAUCUUUUGGAAUGUGUAAACAACUGUGUGGAUUCAGGAUAUGAAGAUUUAGAUCAGCAUGUUCAAGAGAAAGACGAAGCAGACAGGGCUGGUUUUUAUAGAGGUCCUACAAUGAAUAAGAAGGGGGAUCCAUGGUCUAUGGAAUAUGGAUUUUAUCCAAAGCAGAACAUGUGCUCAUGUGGAGAAUUGGCUAAAGAGGAAAAUUGGUUGUCUAAUGUAUGCAGGGAUUUAAGCACAGGAAACUCACUGCUUGAUUAUUCGAAACAGAAUGUAUGUUCUUGUGGCAAAACACCAGUGGUCAGAGAUGGGGAGACAGACACCAGGAGAGAUGCUGCUGUCUCAAAACCACCUGUCCAUCAAUGGGUCAUUCAGGAGGCCUGGGGGCUGGAUCCUGGGAGCGAAGGUCAACAAGAGGCAGCCCUCAGUCACAGUAUUUGGAGCAGUGGCCAUGAAGAUGGAGCAUUUUCUGAAAUGUUCUACUAUCCUGGACAUGAUGAGGAAUCUGCUGCAGAACAGUACAAGCUAGAUGACAGUUCUGCUUCUAAGCUGAAGGACCCUUCUGAAGAAAAUGAAAACACAUUGUUUGAUUUUAACCAGGAUAUGGUCCAUGAGGAGAAGGAAAGCAAGUAUACAAUUGGCAAAAUGAAGGAAACUGGCCAGUCUAAUUCAUAUAUAGCAGAUUCUGAUCCCUACGGCCAAUCAUUUAUGGAGAUGACCUCGUACUUUGGAGAUGAUGUAUCGGACACUAGCAAGGCCAGACCUGAUCAACAGUGUGCUGGUCAACUAGAUAAAGAGAAUCAUCCACCAGAGAAUGACUCGGACAUUGUCAAAGUCAAACUGGUCAUCAAAAAAGGAAAGAAGAAACAGGACUUUGAGAAUUUGGACACAAAUCCACCUCUUUUUAUGCCCAUGCCUGUGGCUGCUGUGUACUCGUGUGAGUUGGAGCAUGCCUGGAUGAAUAACAUGGAGGUGGAAUGUCUCUUCCCACAGUCCCUAAAUGGUAAAGGAAAGAAAAAGCCCUGUACCUUUUUCUUGGAAGGAAACUGCCGACGUACAGAUUGCAAGUUUGCUCACGAUCUGUCCCACAUUACCUGUCGCUUUUGGGAGGAAGGAGACUGUUUUAAGGGAGAGUUAUGUCCCUUCCUUCAUGGAUACAGUCCAUAUGCAAGGAAAUCAAAUCACCAUGCAUCUGAAAGGAGAGAUUUGAAGCCAUUCAAGUAUCAAGCAGAGGAUUUCCCCAACUUAACAAAAACUGAAUCUAAGGGAGACAGGUCUAAAAAAGACAAGUACAACAAACUGAAUAAAUACAAAGCCUCCAAGACUCAACUGAAGACACAGAUAAACAAAAAACUACAAAAGAAUAAUGUUGUACAAGAGGAGGCAGAAAACCUUCCCAAGAAACUGAAACAAAAGGGCUCGCAAUAAGAAAACUUCAGAGAGGUGAAGUAAGAGAGGCCUCGUAUAAGAGGAAAAACCUAGAGGGUGUGAAAAGUUGACCCAGUUUAAUGGAAGUGUCCCCCCUAGUGGGUGCUCCCAUUAAAGUGUGGGCCUGUGUAGAAUCUAGUCAGGAGUAUUAAAUUUGUAGAUGGAGACUAGGCAUCUUUUGUUCAUUUCGAAAUGAAAAUAUUUUGUGUUAUUAUUCUGCACAUCUUACAGUCUUUAUAAUCAGUUACCUAGUGUCAUGGUUUAUCAUAAAAAAAUUAUAUCAUGUUUUUUCCUACUCAAAGAGUCAUGGUGUGUAAAUUUUUAAAAAUUUGUUUUGCAAUGACUAAUAAGAUAAAAUGAGUUUUUCAUAACAAAUAUUUCUUUCUUGGCCAAUUAAAGUCUGUUUUAGUAGUACAUGUACCACUAUGUGCAAGGGAGUUUGUUGAAAAUUUGCCGGAUUUGAGAUUUAAAAGACUAGAAAAAUUGAAUGGCACUGUGAAGUUUUUAAUGAAAGGAAAAAGUAUAGUUUUUGACAAUUUUACAUUAUUUAAGAGGAUUUUUAAUAUGGUAUUGACAGAUGUUACACUAAUGCAACCUCUGAAAUUUCCAAUAAUUUCAGAUUUAUUUUUAAGAUCUGGGCAAAUCAAAAUUAAAAACAUAAUAAUGUCUUCAUGUUGAAACCUCUAAAAUUCAGUAAUAAUCUUGAAUUUGCCAAGAUUAAUAUGUAGAAAUGUGUUGUAUUUGAUCAGCUUAUUUCAUGUACUAUAAUUUUUAUGUAAGGACAGAUGAUUUGGUAGACAUCUUGGUAUAAAAAUACAGUUCUUUUAUAUAUACAUUGUAUAUAGAAAUCCCUAUCACAUUUGUUUUUAAUUGGGAUGAGAACAAAGAAAAUGGCCCAUGUGUGAAAGGUUGCUGAUUCAUGUUCAAAACAAAACUUAAAAAAAAAUAUUGAGUAGAGAGAUAAAGAGGGAAAAAAUGUUAUUUUUAGCAAUUGUGUGAAUGAUUGAAUGUGAUUUGAAUCAUUGAGAUUUGUUUGAAGUCAGUAACAGAAUGCAAGUGUAAUGUUUGGGGUACCAAGAUGUAAAUGUUUGAAUAAGUGUAGUGUAAGUGUAAAUUGAUUUGCCUGAAAUGGCCACAAGAUCCUGAAAGAUGUGUGAAUGAUGAUACAUAUGUUUUAAAAAAAUAAUGCAAGGACGAAUACCUAAAUUUAAGAUCACAUUAUUAAAUUUGCAUUGAAUUUUUAUGAACAUGAAAAAUAUAAACUGUAGAAAAAGAAAACCCCCCUCCUACUUCAAAUUAUGAGAGAAUAUAAGGAUAUAGAGGGGGUGUUCUAUUUUUAAGGAUUUACAGUGUAAAUGAUAAAGGAUUUAUUUUUAUGUCCAUGAUUUGGCCAUUUUCAAAGCAAUAGUAAACAAAAAACUAUGUCUGAUUGGUGUGUAUAUGAUAAAAUCAAUUUUGUAUGUCCAGAGAUAAUGAGUAACAAAUGAAUGAUAUGAAUGAAUGAUGUUUGAUAAGUGGAAGAUAAAACUAAAAGAAGGGCCUGAGUCUACCAUCAUUAUUAUAUUUCACAGCACACUUGUGAAAUAGAAAAAUUACAUCAGAAAUGCUGUGCACACAUGUAUGGAUAAAAAGUGUAUGAUACUAUGAUACACAGUGUAUCAAAUAUUUGAUACAUUGGGAGAGUCAUCAUAAUUUUUUUUUUUUUUUUUUUUUUUUUGUAUUUUCAUUUUAUUUUUGGCUAAUAACCUGUACAGAUUGUUCACAUUUCAUAUAGAGGGAAGUAAUUGAUGAUUGCCUGUUGUAUAAAUGUUUUUUAAGGCACUUGAGCCAAUCUUGAGGUCAUAAUUUGUGCAAAUGAUUUAGUCCUGUGUUGAGCAGAAACAGAACUAAACUCACUGAAAGUUAAAAACUAAAGCAAUUGCUACCAAUAGGUGCACAUAAUUUUAUGUUGAGUGUUGGAUUAAGUUGACUAGAGAGCUGUAAGUAGCAAGUUCAUUGUACAUUACCAGUAAUGUUGGACAGAAAAAAAAACUGUAGAUGCUUUUUCAUGCAAUCAGCUCAUCAAACAUAUAUUUUUCAUUCAGCAAAUAUGUCUUGAUUAUAAAAUUCAUAGAAAUAUAGAAGAAGGAAAUGGUAAAUAUUUCGUUUGAACAUAAAUUGUAAUCAGAAUAUCUUCAAAUUUGGGAAGUCAAUAUUGCAAAUAACUGAAACAGAAUUUUAUUAAUCAUUUAAUAUAAAUGAUUCUAUUUAGGCCAAAAAAAAUAUAUAUAUUGAAAAUGAAUUAUAAGCUACUGUGGUGUACCCAAGUCAUUUUUUUUAGUACAAAGGUGUAAAUAUUGACUGUAUCUACAUGUACAUGUAUUUCAUUUUCAACAUACUGUAAAUGCGCAUGCCAUUUAUCUUGAUAGAUAAUCAUCAAGUAUUGAUGAACAGAAAUCUUCUAGAUGGGAAAAUCAUUCAAAUAUUGUGCAUAGUUAAAAUUUAAAUGUGUACUUAAAAGUUAAGAAUGCCUAAAUUGAUAACGAAGUUGGUUAUACAUGAAAUAUUUAUUUUAUUAUUUUUUAUCAAAGGGCAGAUCACUCUAAUUGCAUAAAAACAGAAGGGUCAUUAUAACAGUGUAAAAUAUUUACAUUGAAAAAAAAAAAGUAUUGGUUCAUUGUGCAUAGUUAGGUGAAGGAAUGUUUCCUGGUUUCUGUAGACAGAAUUCAGAUUGUCCGUGGUCUUACACUUACACAUAUUUUUCGGUCUGCCAGAUACCUAACAGAAUACACUGCUUAUGUUUCUUCUCGUUUAUUAUGGGGAAUAUAGUCUCAGAUUGCUAUACUAUCUUACUCUGUAAAAUCAAUAAGAAUUUACAGUGAUGGAACAAUUGAUAAUAAUAUGUAUUCUGAUUUGCUUAUUCUAUGCAUAAGUUGUGUAGAUAAUCACAAUACUGCAUCAUUGAAUGGUUUUACUUUUAUUCCUGUUAUAAAAGUAUUCAUUUUUAUGUGUGUACAGUGUCUGGCUACCUUAUGUUAAUUAAGAAAAGCCUGUCAUAAACCUUUAUUUUUCCGUUUUCAUCCCAACACGUUUUUAUUUAUAUCAUUUAGUAUACAUGUAUUACACUCCAUUGACAUGUACAUGUAAAAUCAUUUUGCGUAUGAGACUAAUUUCUCAGUUUGCGAAGCAAAAAUUGUUUUUAAAAAAAUUAUGAAAAUUCAUUUCAUUAUUUAUAACAAUUCAUAUACUUAAUCCAUCAUUUUCCCUUCAUUUCUUUUGUUAAUUGCAUUUUCAGUAAAGAAUUAACAUUUCUGUGACUGUUCUUGUCAAUUAUCUCCCUUUCUUUCAUUCCAUCUUUUAAAGAGAAUUAAAACUGACUUUUUGUUUAAUGAGUAUGAUAUAAACUGUUUGGCAAAAAUGUGCCAUUUAAGUUCUUAAAAUUUGAAUGUUGGAUUUUUUUUAAGUUUAAUUAUUUAAACCACUAUUAAAUGAUUGAAGAAAAAAAAUUCUAUGCAUUAAAAAAAAUCCAGAAAUGUUGAGUCUAUUAUUAGUAAUUAUAUCUUCAUUUUCGGAAAGCUCUUGUACUAAAAAUUUUAUAUGAUGACUUUACAUCAAAUCAUUUAUGAUUUCUGAGAUACAGUGUAUAUAGCCACUGGUUUGUCAAAUUUUAUUCAGAUUUUUUGGUCAAGAUAUCUUGUUUUGAACAGUAAUGAGCUAAAACCACCACCUUCAAGCAAAAUAGAACAGCUGUAUACACUGUACCUAAAGCUUUAUUGUUUUUUUUAUUUGUGGAAAGCUAGAGCAAUUUACUGCAAAGUACUUAGCUGAAUGUUGUACUAAUAGAAUUGAUUUUCCAAAUAAGAGGGAAGAUCCCAAAAGAAUGUGAAACUUUUGUUUCUGAAAAAAUGAAUAAUAAUGCAAGUAAUAUUAUAAUCCAUGUAACUGAAUUGGGAAUUUUAAGAUCGUAGAUGAUUUUUGUGGCAUAUUUUAACACCAAAGGCCACGUGUUUUGACUGAGUAGAUAUUUGUUUGAAGUAUUUCUUUGUGGUGUGUGUUACCUUUACAGAGGUUCUGAGGUGUAAUUAUCCCAGAAUGUCUGUGGAAAAUGUUUGAAAGUAUUACAUCACUGUUUGGGUAAAGAUGACUACUGUACAUCAUCUAAGAAUUAUCUUUACUGAAAUAAAGUUUAUGGAAAUGAG